AUGAAAGAUGCACUCCGGAACCUUGGCGAGCGGUUGAAGCAGUUAACAGAGCAACGAAACAUCAAUGCCAACCUAUCCCCUCACUCUGUCCUAGACGCUGCUUCUGCUCAAGACGGCCCUUCUAACGGGGCCCUCAAAUCCGACUCAUCUGAAGGGCCAAGCCCCUCUCUCGCCUCUGCUGUUGCAGAUAUAGACACCUUGCGAACACGAAUCGACGGUGUUGAAAAGGGAUUAGCAGAUCAUAUCGCCGCGUAUCUUAAGAGGAUAAACGAUAUCAAAGACUGGACAGUCUCCGCUUCCGAGCGUCUUGCCUUACACACAGAAAGCGCCGCUGCUAUCUCAGAGGAUAUCAAGGCCCUCCGGGAGUACCUUGCUUCACUCUCGGGAAGCACAAUGCAAAUUCCAAAUGCUGCCGGGGCAGAUCGAUGGAGAGCUGUCGCAAGCUAUCAAGAUCAAAUGCAGGGCAUAACUUCGUCAUCAAACGAGAACGGAAAUACAGUUGGGAAUGGUAACGGGAAUGGAGACUUUUGA